AUUUGGGAUCAUUCUUCAGCUUGGGUGUGUUUCAUCUUGACGUUAUGUGACUUCUGAUCACUGGUGAUACUUUCGCUGCUUCCAUGCAACCUGCUGCUCCCCGUAUACGUCCCUCUUCCAUCAGCUGAUCCCCAUUGGCCUGGCUUCAGCCGUGGAAGGUGUGGUCUGGACGAACUGCGCCGCAUCCUUUGCCGAGCCCCGCCGUUAAAUACCGAAUGGUCGUAACGGCGUCUACUCGCCGCCGUUGGCUCUCCGUCUCCCUCCAAUUACAGAGUUUGAUCAACGCGCCCCCCGCUUUCAGGUCGAACGUCACCACCUGUGGCGGCGGAUAGGACAUGUCCGACCAACUCAGCGGACUGAAACGGCAACUGCGCUCGCGCCAGGCUCCGCCACUCGGAUCGAGUGCCGUGGGAAGGGGAGAAGCGCGCGAGCGGGCGAGGAUCGAGACUCGAUGAGGGGAAACCCCGCGAGACGCGCGCGCUCCUUCUGACCAUGGUUUUGGGCGCCGCGCGCUCCUCGCCGUGCGCGUAAGCUGCUGUGGAGGAGCCACACGCUAUGAGACGCCAUGGCAUGGUGUGACCGAGGGGUUCAGACUCUGCUGGCCGUCGUGGGGGCCUUUGCCGCCUUCAGCCUCAUGACCAUCGCCAUCGGCACCGACUACUGGCUUUACUCUCGUGCGUACAUCUGCAACGCCACUAAUGUCACCGCUGACGAGACCCAGAUGCAAAGCAAGAAAGUCAAAGGCGACCUGACGCACUCCGGGCUGUGGAGAAUCUGCUGCAUCGAAGGUAUCAACAAAGGGAGCUGUUUUCGGAUCAAUCACUUCCCAGAGGAUAACGACUACGAUACGGACAGCUCGGAGUACAUCUUACGGAUAGUCCGCGCGUCCAGCCUCUUCCCCAUCCUCAGCACCGUCCUGCUGAUGCUGGGCGGCCUGUGCGUCGGGGCCGGGCGCGUCUACAACAGCAGGAACAACAUCCUGCUCAGCGCCGGCAUCCUGUUUGUAGCUGCAGGCCUCAGCAACAUCAUCGGCAUCAUCGUCUACAUCUCCAGCAACGCCGGCGACCCCAGCGACAAGAAGGACGAGGACAAGAAGAACCAGUACAACUACGGCUGGUCCUUCUACUUCGGGGCGCUGUCGUUCAUCGUGGCGGAGUCGGUCGGCGUCCUCGCCGUCAACAUUUACAUCGAGAAGAACAAGGAGACGCGCUACAGGGCCAGACGCGACUUCAUCAAAGCCACCUCCUCCUCCUCCCCGUACUCGCGCAUUCCGAGCUACCGCUACCGGCGGCGGCGCUCGCGCUCCAGCUCCAGGUCCACGGACCCGUCCCGGGAGCCCUCGCCGGUGGGCAUGAAGGCGGGGGGAGGGGGAGGGGGGGCCGCGCUGGGCAUGGGGCUGCCGAUGGGAGACAUAUCCCUGUACGCCCUCAGCAGGGACCCUUUGAAGGGGGCCAGUGGGACAGCGGGGCCCUACAGUCCUGAGAGGGACUCCGGCUUUUUACAAGUCCACAACUGCUUCCAGAAGGACGCGAAGGAUGGCGCGAACCGGAGGACCACGCCGGUAUGAGGGCGGGAGCGUGUGCCGGGGUAAACAAUAAGCCUGAUGGAGCACGUUAGCUACUGUACAGUUAAUGAGAGGGGACAGUUCCUCCCGGGGCCAUUGUUGAAAGGUCAGAGCUCUAAAUUGUUUUCCUUGCGUCCCUCUGUGCGUUUCAUUCGGUGGAGGAGGAAAAACGGACCUAAAAAUAAGACGACGUCCCUUUUCAUAUGACUCUGUGUCUUUUGCUUAAACGUGGAUGCCGCUUUGUAGCGAUGGUUGAACUGUUCCGUUCUAAAAGGACACGUCCACUGUUUGACAAAGCGGCUUCUUCCCCAUAGAUAAAGGUUGGCAGUGUUCUGACAUGCAUUCAAAUAAACGUACUUAGGACGUGUUCAUCUUUUCUAGAUAAGAUGCUGAAGAAGGCAGAAUAUUCCAUGUGCGUUUCCAGGUGAUGAUGAUGUUUUAUAGUCAGAUGUAGCUGUAUAAUGUUUUUUCGACAUUAUUGUAUUUCUUUCAUUCUAGGACAAAAGACUAAAUAGAUUUAUGUGGUUAGUUAUGAAAGUAUUAUUGUGUUUCUGUUUGUAACUUAACACAACUGGUGCUAACUUAACCUGUACACCUUUAAAAGCGCCUCAGCUGCCGUUUGAAUACUUGUAAUCAAGCUUGUAUGUGAGUCUAGUGAUAGAAAUGUGUGUGUUCCAGUAGAUGAAGUGUGUUACGGUUCAGAAACGCUGCCGCACUAUUACACAACCGUACUGCGAACAUGGAUUUCUGCUGUUCUACAUGUAUAUAAUGCCACACAUGCUGUGGGCUUGUUGUACAGACUGUGUGUGUGUGUGUGUGUGUGUGUGUGUGUGUGUGUGUGUGUGUGUGUGUGUGUGUGUGUGUGUGUGUGUGUGUGUGUGUGUGUGUGUGUGUGUGUGUGUUCGCUCAGGGUCCAUGUAAGGAACUAAUGGAUUCCUUCCCUACGCCAGACAGACUGUUAAGUUACUGUGUGUGGGAUCCUGCUGUGUUAACGUAUGUGCAGAGAACUGUGGGUGUAUGAAUCUCUGAUCACACUGCGAGGAACGUAUUGUUAGUGUGAAAACUAUUCUGAUCUGGUACUAUUAUCUUAUAGAUGUUUUGGUGUUUAAUAGAAAACCCCAAGAAACAGCCAAAAAGACCUUGGUGUGGAAUUUUUAACACUUGAUCGGACCGGAGGCUCAUUUUUAAAUGGCAUGAAUUACACUAAACGUCCAACACGCAGCUACUUUCCUCCGCCGUUCCUGAUUGAUGAAGCACGCGGCUAAUGACGCGGGCUCGAUUGGCCCGUUAUGCUGGGCCACGAAGCGCCACGGCAGACAGUCGGGCACCCACAGGGUGUUAAAGGAAAUCGGCAUCAGCCAACUUAAUGCUCGACUGAGCUAACAGGCUCCCAAAUGCUCAUCCAGACUCUGCAAAGUUUGUCUCAUUGUCUCCAAACAAACACUGGAGCGAAGUGGGCGUUGUGUGUGUGUGCGCAGCUACUGCUGCUAGAAGAUCAAAUUACUCAUUUUUGCUAUAGCACACACUCCACUGACUUCCGUGUCAACUUCAUGGUUUGUUUCCCUGCUGUAUUUUUAGCGGCAGCUGGGAUUGGUUUAAUUUGUUUCUUGCUUUGUGAAUCAUGGCCGCCGCGCCUGUCUCGCGUGUUUAAGCAUUCAGGGCCACGGCGGGCUGUGGGAAGUGGCUGCUCCUCCAGUUAUAGUUGUCAUUCAAGUCACUGGAACGGAGAAGAGGAAGCCUUGAAUUAGAAUAGACUCGUUUUCGCCCCGAGAGUGUGUGAUGUGUCUUUGCUGAGCCAAGCUGGCCUCCCGGUUCCAGCCCAUCGCCCCCUUAUCCGGGCCAGAACCCGGCCCGUUAUAUCUGAGAGCCGCUGACAUUUCCAUCCACGAUGAGCCGCACCGACCCGCCGACCUCGGCGCCGCCGGGAGUGAGAUGGCAGCGUCACCUCUCUGGACGCCCACAGAACUAGCCAACAUGCUUGUUAGCAUCGGAACUGCACCCGGCUGUGCCGGGCAGAUGAAGUCAGGCGUCAGGGUGUCAACUCAGCUUCUGUCUCUUUAACCAGAAAACCAUAGGGUGAUGCAUUUGCAGUCGCUGUCCCUUCGCACUAGUAUAUUGACCCUGCUAUUAGCAAGUGGUGGGAGCAGCGCUGUUUAGCAGCCAUUUUACUCAUUACACAGAGUUUGUCAACAGCACGUGUUGGUUUAACUUUGUGCUGUUUGAACCACAUGUACUCUGAGCUUCUGUGGAAGCCAGAUGUGAUUUCCUCCCCCGGAGAUCGGAUCUCCACGGGGCCCCUUCACUCCUCCCAAGUUCUUUUUGAAAAUCUAAAAUGGCUGACACUGCUGCCAGCAGGGGGCCCGGUUCCCCUCUCCCCGUCGGCACCGGCGUCGUACUCCAGGAACCGCGGGCGUUCGUUAGGAUGACAUCUGUCACUGCGCUAAGACUGGAUUUAGUCGGCAGCAGUCGGAGCUCAACCCGUUUCGGCUGUAACGACGCAUGAAGCGCAUCGGAUCUUUGUGGUGUGGCGUGAUUGGGUCAUGUCUUACGUUGGUGGUGCAUUUUAGCCUCUCAGUCCUCUGUGUGUUGCCAUACUGUACACUGCUCAUGUUUAACAUAUUGUACUGCCAAGCCUGUAAAUAUGUCAUUUAAGUCACUCUGAAAUAAAAACGUGGCGAAUGGAACUGAA